GUACCGUUUCACAGUUACACAACCAAACUAUGAAUUACGGCUUACAGAAGAUGAAGGUUCUAUUGCUUCAAAUGAAAUCACAUAUAUUACGUGGCAAUUUGUUCCUCGGGAAGAAGGCUAUAAAACUAAUACUGUGACAUGUGAUACUUGUGCUUUACUUGAUUGCUGGUGUCCUUUUGGUACUUUUGUAGGAACUACUAUUUCUGUUCAUACAGAAAGUGAAUAUACAGAACUUGUGAGCUUUCCCAGUCAUUUCAACUGUGGUGUAAUAGAUUACAAAAAAACAAUUGAGAUAAAAUUUCAUCUCUUUAAUUUUGGAAUGUGCAAAAUGUACUUUAUAUUGAAAUGCGUGUCGUGUAAUGAUGCAUCAAAUUUUGAAAAAAAAGAUGUAACUAUCAGCCCUAGUUC